AUGGGAUUUUUACUUUUAUUUCAUAUAACAAAUGAAUCAUCAUUUUUAUCGAUUCGCAUAAUUGUUACACAUCGAAAAAUUGAUUCAACUCAUGCAGAACAAUUAGGUAAUGAAUUAGGUAUAACUUAUAUUGAAAUAAGUGCUGUUACUGGUAUUAAUGUUCAAGAAACAUUAGAAAUAAUUAUUGAUAAAAUAUUUUAUUUUAUGAAUAAAUCUGUAGAAAAAUAUUAUCAAAAACAAUCUUUACAAAUGUCAUCAAUUAGAUUAAUCAACGGAUGA